GAUGCACCUCCAGCCAGGCCCCGGCCUCUCCCCUCUCCCCUCUCUCUCCGGGUCUUCCUUUGCCCCACUCCGGGCCUCCUGUGAGCCCGAUUUAACGGAAACUGUGGGCGGUGAGAAGUUCCUUAUGACACUAAUCCCAACCUGCUGACCGGACCACGCCUCCAGUGGAGGCAACCUCUAGAGCUCCAGGACAUUCAGGUACCAGGUAGCCCCAAGGAGGAGCUGCCAACCUGGCAGGGAACAGCCAAGGCUCAGGUUAAACCACACAGCCUGCAAGUGAAAAAGAGGAAGUGGAACCCAGGUCUGACUUCCGCGCCGCAGCGGGCUGCCUCUUGGUGCUGACAGGAAGUCACAGCUUGGCCCUGACUUUCUCUCCUAGGAAAGGGGCUGACUGGAGAGGCCAGGACAGAGAAAGCAGAUCCCUUCUUUUUCAAAGGACUCUGUGUCUUCCAGAGGCAAUAUGUCAGAAGGGGUGGGCACAUUCCGCAUGGUCCCUGAAGAGGAGCAGGAACUCCGUGCCCAGCUGGAGCAGCUCACAACAAAGGACCAUGGACCCGUCUUUGGUCCGUGCACCCAGCUGCCCCGCCACACCUUGCAGAAGGCCAAGGAUGAGCUGAAUGAGAGAGAGGAGACCCGGGAGGAGGCGGUGCGCGAGCUGCAGGAGAUGGUGCAGGCGCAGGCCGCCUCCGGGGAGGAGCUGGCUGUGGCCGUGGCGGAGAGGGUGCAGGACAAGGACAGCGGCUUCUUCCUGCGCUUCAUCCGCGCGCGGAAGUUCAACGUGGCCCGUGCCUAUGAGCUGCUCAGAGGCUAUGUGAAUUUCCGGCUGCAGUACCCUGAGCUCUUUGACAGCCUGUCCCCAGAGGCCGUCCGCUGCACCAUUGAAGCUGGUUACCCUGGUGUCCUAUCUAGUCGGGACAGGUAUGGCCGAGUGGUCAUGCUCUUCAACAUUGAGAACUGGCAGAGUCAAGAAAUCACCUUUGACGAGAUCUUGCAGGCAUAUUGCUUCAUCCUGGAGAAGCUGCUGGAGAAUGAGGAAACUCAGAUUAAUGGCUUCUGCAUCAUCGAGAACUUCAAGGGCUUCACCAUGCAGCAGGCCGCCAGUCUCCGGACUUCGGAUCUCAGGAAGAUGGUGGACAUGCUCCAGGAUUCCUUCCCAGCCCGGUUCAAAGCCGUCCACUUCAUCCACCAGCCGUGGUACUUCACCACGACUUACAACGUGGUCAAACCCUUCUUGAAGAGCAAGCUGCUUGAGAGGGUCUUUGUCCAUGGGGAUGACCUCUCUGGUUUCUACCAGGAGAUCGAUGAGAACAUCCUGCCAUCUGACUUCGGGGGCACGCUGCCCAAGUAUGAUGGCAAGGCUGUUGCUGAGCAGCUCUUUGGCCCCCGGGCCCAAGCUGAGAACACAGCCUUCUGAGGACAUCUUCUGCCAGCUGAACUGUAGUUAGCAUCCCUGGGCCUCUGAGCUGUCCCAGACCCAAGGCUAAGAAAGGGCUGCUUGAAAUGAUUGCGGUCCCUCUGGAGCUCCCUAAGCCUGAGUGAGCUCAGGGGUAACCCU